GUGUAAGCAGCGAGACGAGACGGGGAUUUAGGGAACUCUCCGUUCAGACCGAAGGGACUUGGUACUUUCGUUUAAAGCGGCCAACGACACAACCGUGUCCUCUACGCACUCCGACAUCUUUGACUCUUUGUCCGCGACUCUGCAGCCAUGUCCGUCAACGUCCAUAUCAAUAGCCCCAAUGUGAAGUACACGGACACACACAUUGUGUCUCAGUACUCCUACCAGACCACAUCGGUCCACAGAGAUGGGAACAAAGUGACAGUGACCCCGCACACCACCGAGAUGACCUUUUCCACGGAGAGACACGUGGCCCGGCUGGGUGUGAUGCUGGUGGGCUGGGGGGGCAACAACGGUACCACGGUGACGGCAGCGGUGCUGGCCAACAAGCGAGGCCUCACCUGGAGAACCAAGACUGGGGUGAAGAAAGCAAACUACUUCGGCUCCCUUCUGCAGGCGUCGACCAUUUGUCUCGGGUCGGGGCCCGAGGGCGAGGUCAGCGUGCCGCUCUGCGACCUCCUACCCAUGGUGCACCCCAACGACAUCGUGUUUGACGGCUGGGACAUCUCCUCCAUGGACCUGGGCAGCGCCAUGGAGCGAGCUCAGGUGCUGGACUGGUCGUUACAGGAGCAGCUGCGUCCGCUCAUGAGCCACAUGAAGCCCCGUCUGUCCAUCUACAUCCCCGACUUCAUCGCCGCCAACCAGGAGAGCCGCGCUGACAACGUGCUCACGGGCAGCCUGGCGGAGCAGGUGGAACAGAUCCGGGCGGACAUCCGAGACUUCCGCCAGUCGAGCGGCGUGGGCAAGGUCAUCGUCCUGUGGACCGCCAACACCGAGCGCUUUUGCGACGUCACGCCGGGCGUCAACGACACGGCCGAGAACCUGCUGGCCGCCAUCCAGGAUGGAGCGGAGGUCUCCCCCUCCACCCUGUUUGCGGUGGCCAGCAUCCUGGAGGGCUGCGCCUACAUCAACGGCUCCCCCCAGAACACCUUCGUGCCGGGGGCCGUGGAGCUGGCGGUGCAGAGGGGGGUCUUCAUCGGGGGGGACGACUUCAAAUCCGGCCAGACCAAAGUCAAGUCGGUGCUGGUGGACUUCCUGGUCAGCUCAGGCAUCAAGCCGACCGCCAUCGUCAGCUACAAUCACCUCGGCAACAACGACGGGAAGAACCUGUCGGCGCCGCAGCAGUUCCGCUCGAAGGAGAUCUCCAAGAGCAACGUGGUGGACGACAUGGUGCAGUCCAACUCUGUGCUGUACCAGCCGGGGGAGAAGCCCGACCACUGCGUGGUGAUUAAGUACGUGCCCUGUGUGGGAGACAGCAAGCGGGCCAUGGACGAGUACACUUCUGAGAUCAUGAUGGGCGGGACCAACACCAUCGCGAUGCACAACACCUGUGAGGACUCUCUGCUGGCCACGCCCAUCAUGCUGGACCUGGUGGUGCUGACGGAGCUGUGUCAGCGCAUUGCCGUGCGGCCGCAGGGGGACGAGGACUUCAUGUCCUUCCACAGCGUCCUGGCGCUGCUCUCCUUCCUCUGCAAGGCGCCGCUGGUUCCAGCCGGCACGCCGGUCAUCAACUCCUUCUUCCGCCAGAGGGCGUGCAUCGAAAACGUCAUGAGAGCGUGCCUCGGCCUCCCUCCUCAGAACCACAUGCUGCUGGAGCACAAGCUGCAGAGGGACUUCCUGCCGCCACCGCCGGGCGCCGCCUACGUCAACGGCGACGUGGCCGCCAUCAAAAAGCCUGCCCUCACCAACAGGAACCACACGGCGCUCUCCAACGGGAUCCAUCAACGUGCGGAGGACGCGGCUCACACGUUGUGACCGUAGAUGUACCGUUGCACACACACAGAAACAUGAAGGUGCAUCUGGAACCGAAGAUGGUUCUUCAGAGUGAUGUCAUAGAAGAACCAUUUCUGGUUCCACAAAGAACCUUUCAAACCAAGGUUCUUUAGAGAACCAUUUUCUUAAAGAGUUCUUCAAAGAACCUGUAAAGGUGUCUCAAGGAACCUUAAAAAAGUUAUCUUUAAGGCACCAUUUCUAGUUCCUCAAAGAACCUUUCAAACCAGGGUUCUUUAAAGAACCAUUUCCUUAAAUAGUUCUUCAAACAACCUUCAACAAAUGGUUCUUUAAGGCACCAUUUCUGGUUCCUCAAAGAACUUUUCAAACCAGGGUUCUUUAAAGAACCAUUUCCUUAAAUAGUUCUUCAAACAACCUUUAACAAAUGGUUCUUUAAGGCACCAUUUCUGGUUCUACAUAGAACCUUUCAAACCAGGUUUCUUUAAAGAACCAUUUCCUUAAAGAGUUCAAAGUACCUGUAAAGGUGCCUCACAUGGUUCUUCAGUAGGUGACGGUUCUUUGUAGAAACACAAAGCCUUUUAAAGAACCAUUUAACAACUAUUAUUUUUCUGUGUGCGCUUGUCAACUUGAUAGCGUGCAUAAUAAGAACAACAAACAUUCUCAUUCUUCUAUCAUUGCAACUCAACAACAACAACAACGAUUUGAGUAAAUUUAACAUUUUAAAAUCAUGGGAAUUCAGCAAGUUUUGGUAUAUUUAAAAUAAAAAACUGUUUUACCUCAAGAGCUACUAAAACUCCACAGAGGGGAAAAGAAGCCCAUAAACUAUAACUCCAUUGGUCUAAGCAGGCUAUUGUGUUCACAUGUGGGACCAAUUCACUGUUUAUUAGUUUUGUUUAUGUACUGUAUUUAAAAUAAGUACUGGGAACAUCAAGACUGACAAGGUUUUCUGUGUGCACUGCAUUAUGUAAAACACGGUUUAUUUUUUAAUAAGCAGUUACUGAUCAAGUGGUAAACCGUUACACGCUUUGUUUGAUGAAUGAGGGUUAUAGCUUAACUUUAUGUUGUCAUUGUUUGAAGUUACAGGAGAUAUGUAUGCAGUUUUCACUGUUUAGUUGUGACUGUUACGUUUAACCGUAACCUGGGUUAAUUAUACACAAUAAACAUUUUAAAUGUU